CGCAAGAAAGGAGGCUAUAUGGAGUCGGCGCAUGUUCACUGAGGCCAACUCUUAUGAAAUCGGCGACCGAGGGGGAGUUUUUCACACUAGCGGUCGGUUCUACUGUAUGACUUCACGCAUCCAGCUGGCGCCCCGCACGUUCACGCACAGGAAGGAAGAAUGAUCCUUUCGUGACAUAAAUAUCAUCUCCGGGCGCCAACGCGAGACAGACAUGGCCCCCAAUUCCAUCCACUGGUUCCGGAAGGGCCUUCGUCUGCAUGACAACCCAGUGCUCAGGGAAGCCGUCCAGGGGGCAGCCACGGUACGCUGCGUUUACUUCUUGGACCCUUGGUUUGCAGGCUCCUCCAAUGUCGGCGUCAACAGGUGGAGGUUUCUUCUCCAGUGUCUGGAGGAUUUGGAUUCCAACCUUCGGAAGCUUAACUCCCGCCUUUUCGUCAUAAGGGGCCAACCAGCCAAUGUAUUCCCACGGCUCUUUAAGGAGUGGAAGAUCACUCGGUUGACCUUUGAGUAUGACUCUGAGCCUUUUGGAAAGGAGAGAGAUGCCGCCAUCAAGAAACUGGCCAUGGAGGCAGGAGUAGAGGUCAUUGUCAAGAUCUCACACACUCUCUAUGACCUGGACAAGAUUAUAGAACUGAACGGUGGCCAACCCCCUCUUACCUACAAGCGCUUCCAGACACUGAUUAGUCGCCUGGAUCCUCCUGAGAUGCCUGUGGAGACCCUCUCGGAGAGCCUGAUGGCCAAAUGCAUAACCCCUGUCUUGGAGGACCACGGAGACAAGUAUGGGGUCCCGUCCCUGGAGGAGCUUGGCUUUGACAUUGACGGCCUGCCGACUGCCGUGUGGCCAGGAGGAGAGACGGCGGCUCUGACCAGAAUAGAGCGCCAUUUAGAAAGAAAAGCAUGGGUGGCAAACUUUGAGCGUCCGAGGAUGAAUGCCAACUCGCUGCUGGCCAGCCCUACAGGCCUCAGCCCGUACCUGCGCUUCGGCUGCCUCUCCUGCCGUCUUUUCUACUUCAAGCUCACCGACCUGUACCACAAGGUGAAAAAGAACAGUUCUCCUCCUCUUUCGCUUUACGGACAGUUACUAUGGCGGGAGUUCUUCUACACCGCAGCCACCAACAACCCGCGCUUCGACAAGAUGGAGGGGAAUCCCAUCUGUGUCCGUAUCCCAUGGGACAAAAACCCUGAGGCGCUCGCCAAGUGGGCCGAGGCCAAGACAGGCUUCCCUUGGAUAGACGCCAUCAUGACUCAGCUGAGACAGGAGGGCUGGAUCCAUCACCUGGCUCGCCAUGCUGUGGCAUGCUUCCUCACCAGAGGCGACCUUUGGAUCAGCUGGGAGGAAGGGAUGAAGGUCUUCGAGGAGCUACUUCUCGACGCUGACUGGAGUGUGAACGCGGGAAGUUGGAUGUGGCUGUCUUGCAGUUCAUUUUUCCAGCAGUUUUUCCACUGCUACUGCCCUGUAGGCUUUGGCCGACGCACCGACCCCAACGGGGACUUCAUCAGACGUUACUUACCUGUCCUCCGAGCUUUUCCUGCUAAGUUCAUCUACGACCCAUGGAACGCGCCAGAGUCUGUCCAAGCGGCCGCCAAGUGCAUCAUUGGCAUCCACUACCCAAAACCUAUGGUGCACCAUGCUGAGGCGAGCCGACUCAACAUUGAGAGGAUGAAGCAGAUCUACCAGCAGCUUAGCCGAUACAGAGGACUGGGCCUGCUGGCGUCUGUUCCGUCCAACAACGGCAACGGAAAUGGAGGAAUGAUGGCCUAUUCACCUGGAGAACAACAGCCGGGGACCAGCAACAACAACACCCCCCAUAGUUACCAUACAGUGCCAGAAAACAACACAAUGGUCACCAGCAGCCGACUGUACCACGAGUUUGCUGUGCCUCAACACCCAGGAAUUGCACACAUCAGAGGCGGCAUCACAGGGAAACGCGAACGGGAGUCGGAACGUGAGGGUUCGGGGGUGGAAGACCUGUCGUCCUGCUCAGGCUACAAGAUGCAGAGGCAGAGUGCAGAGACCACCUGAAAGAUGUCGCAUGAGAAGACAUCAACAUUGGUCCUCUCCAACACAUUCUCAGUCAGAAACUCUAAGGGUGAACGCAGAGAUGAAAAUGUGAUGCAAGGCUCAGAUUUGACCAGGGAGUCUGGCGACCUUAUGUAGCAUGUCAACCCGUCAAAAGGCCUCUACAAUAAGCAUUCAAAUUCUAAACCCCAACAAACCAAUUGCCUUGAAGUUACAACUAAACUAUUUUUGUGAUAAAACUUAAUAAUCUUUAUUCGAUGGAGCACCAAGACACCAUUUUUGCUCCCGCUUCUCAAUAUGUUUGUAUAAACAAUAGUUUUUCACUCUUAUUUUCUGCUGGAAACAUGAUUCUUCCCAGUUGCAUCUUGAUGAACAAGAACAGUUGCGCAUUAAAUUAACACGUUGUGGUGUUACUGUGUCAACUGAUGAAGUGUUUGUACGUUCAUAAAGACAAUUAUAUUUGGAAGCAUCGCAGUUGAAUUAUGUUGAUGUUUAUUAUGUUACAAAGUGUACUGUGUUGGCAGCUAAAAACAUCGGGUUACGAAGGACAACACGCAGUUUCCAUUGGUGACCUUCAAAACCUGUCUACAAUGUGUUUGUGUAGUUUAGCAAGUCUGAUCAAGUGGAAAAAAAUAAACGGCAGGUAUUGAUACACAGUACUGCAAAGCUUGUCUUUUUGGAACCCUUCAAAAAACUCAUUAAUAACUGACUUUUGCCAACUACCGGUGAUGUUUUUUUUUUUUUUUUAGUUAGCACGAGCAUUCUGUUGAUUUUUGCCGUUUCACAUUUUCACCUCAGUUGUUCCCCUGACGCUGUCGCCAAAUUGUUCUGAAGACCAGUGACGCUCGAGCCUGUGCAAACACGUUCAACAGCACAAAAUGGUUCGCAGUCCCCUACCCGUCAAGAUGUUUUCAAGGGGGAAGAGAAUUUCCAAGGUCCCUUUUUUUUCUACUUUUUCAUAUAAAACAAUCCAAAAAGAGAGAAAAAUAAAAAGACAAUUUGUGUUUGAAACAAACACUCCUGACAACCAAAUCCAACCUCCUGAUGAAGGACGUCAACAGCACAAGGACACAAUUGGCUUCCCCGGUGUGUUACAAACUCACUGUUGGAAUGUUGCCUGCAUACAGGAAAGAACCAUCGCAAACGUGACUCCACAUUGGGUACCUGGACGGUCUGUGAAUACGUCGGAAAGUCUGCUGCUGUGCUUUGGAAUCGAACCCAAGAAUGUACACAUUUCUCUGCGAAGGACCCAAGCUGUUGGAUCGUGGGGGGGGGGGGGGGGAUACAUUGGAUUAAUUUGCCAGCGCCUACAAGGAGACUUUAUGGAAGAACACGGGUCACAAUUUUAGUUGGAUCACAGAUCAGAUUCGAUGUGUCUUUAACAAUACUCCAGAUGCCAAUAUGGACCAAAAGUGUUAUCUCUUUCUUCAAAUCAAAUGAUGUCCUGGCUUUCUCAGUGGAGAUGUCUUUAUUAUUGGAACUUUUAUGCUGCGUAUAAAAUAUCAUUAACAAUUGGAGGAUGCCCAGUGGCUUACAUUUUGGGCAUCUUCAACCAUGCAUUUCUUGUUUAUUGCAGUUUAUUUGUGAUCUAAAUAUUCGAGACUGAAUGUCAUCCCCAUGCCACCCCCAUACCUUCUAUUCGCUGGUUUGUUUCAAUUUUAUCUCAAAGGUGCAGAUUGUGUGGUGACUCCCAGAGACUUGUUUUUUUUUUUUGGGUUGGAGACACUUUUUCCUUUUGGGGGGUGGCAAACUAUUGUGUAUCUGUAUCAUAACUCUUGUGUUCUCUCAAGAAUUUAAACAGUUUUUGUAGCCUUGAUCACAUGGGAAGGAAAGUACAUUUUUUCGUAGUUUUUUUUUUGUCCUGCUGUCCAGUAUCUCACAACGAUGUAGGAAUGACACACUCGUCAACUUCGUUUCACCGGUGUCAACAACGCCUCAGUGUCUCACCUGUAAUGAGAUGGAAUGUGGCGUGACAUUCCUCCACUGAUACCAUGGAGUGUGUCUGUAAACUGGAGUUCUCUGCCCAGCCUUGCGAUGUGUAAGGCCUCUUUUGUGUUUGCUCGCCACCACAACAGCAAAUAAAAGUGGUUUCAACUUG